CGCUCUGUAUAACCAGUUUAACAUGGCGAACGUGAACGAUGAGAUCAAAAGCCUCACUUAUUUUAACGUCCGACCAGUCAUACUUCGAGGGUUUGUGGGGCCUUUCUUAAUUCUGUACAUCUGUUGGUUUUAUCUCUGGAUCGUGGUGUAUGGAGUCGAAGAAUAUUUCGACGCUGGUAUUAUUGCCGUCGGUAUAAUCGUGUUUGUACACACCCUCACAGGCCUGUUUUGUGUUUGGUCCGUUCACGUCCAAUGUGCACUCACUUGUACUUCGGUGUCUGAUCCUUUUAAAGCUUCUCUUGUAAAGGUCGUGCCAACUCCUAAUAAUGGUUCAACAGAACUAGUGACAUUAAAUCAUGUAACGUUAUUACCGUCUGGUCAGCCUCUGGACCCAAAUUCUAGUGAAGCUUCCCAGGAAAAUCUUAAACAGGCUAGUUUAAAAAAAGAGGCUUGGUUCUGGUUUCAAAAAACCAAGUAUGUCUACAGUGCAGAUGAGAAGAAACAGUUUCUACCUCUCAACUUCCCUGUCGAUUUGAGUAUUAAACAGUUUUUGGAAUGGAAGGGUUAUCCUGACGAAGUUGAAAUUAAAGCAGCUGAAUACAAGUAUGGAAAGAACACCAUGGAAAUGAUUGUCCCUAAAUUCAUGGAAUUAUUUCAAGAAAGAGCUACAGCACCGUUCUUCAUCUUCCAAGUGUUUGGAGUUGCUCUGUGGAGUUUGGAAGAAUACUGGUAUUACAGUCUUUUCACUUUAAUCAUGUUGGUUGCGUUUGAAGCGACUCUCGUACAACAACAACUCCGCAACAUGACUGAAAUACGGAAAAUGGGUAACAAACCUUACAUCAUUCAGGUUUACCGAAAUAGGCGCUGGCGUGGAAUUUACAGUGAUGAACUUCUUCCUGGAGACAUCGUGUCCAUAGGGCGUACUCAAGAUGAAAAACUUGUGCCUUGUGAUUUACUGCUGUUACGUGGACCUUGUAUUGUUGAUGAGUCCAUGUUAACUGGGGAGUCAGUACCAGUCAUGAAAGAACCUGUUGAAAACUUGACUGACCACACUCAUGUUUUCAACAUUGAAACAGAUGGUCAGCUGCAUGUUUUGUAUGGAGGGACAAAGGUUGUACAGCAUUCAGCACCAAGUAAAACAGCAGCUGGGCUAAAAUGUGACAAUAUGUGCAUCGCCUAUGUGCUACACCACAGCUUUAACACCUCUCAGGGUAAACUUCUCCGAACCAUCUUAUACGGCACCAAGCAUUUAACUGCAAAUAACUUAGAAACCUUUUUCUUCAUCCUCUUUUUGCUGUUCUUUGCAAUCAUAGCUGCUGCUUAUGUAUGGGUUUAUGGAACAAUGGAUCCUGAUAGAAACAGAUACAAGUUAUUCUUGGAAUGUGCAAUAAUCUUGACUUCGGUCGUUCCACCAGAACUACCAAUAGAAUUAUCUCUUGCAGUCAACACCUCACUGUUGGCUCUUAUUAAAUUCAAUAUAUAUUGUACAGAACCUUUCCGAAUUCCAUCUGCUGGGAAACUGGACAUCUGCUGUUUCGACAAAACUGGGACACUGACCAGCGAUUGUUUAGUUGUUGAAGGAGUGGCUGGACUAAAUGGUAAAAAGUUAGUUCCGACUCUUUCAUCACCAAUAACAACCAACCAGGUUCUGGCUACGUGCCACUCUCUGGUUCAAAUGGAAGACGAACUUAUUGGGGAUCCUCUGGAAAAAGCUACUCUCUCUGCCGUUGAGUGGAAAUUAACAAGGAAUGAUGCUGUAAUACCAACGAAAAUAAAAACCCAUGGAUUGAAGAUCUUCCAGCGUUUCCAUUUCUCCAGUGCACUGAAAAGAAUGUCUGUGAUAGCCGGUUACUCUGCCACUGCUGGUGAGACGGAAUACAUUGCCACUGUCAAAGGAGCACCAGAAACCCUUAAAGCUAUGUUUCAAAAUCCACCAAAAGACUAUGAUGAAGUUUAUUUGGCUAUGGCUAGAAGAGGAGCUCGAGUUUUGGCUUUGGGCCACAAGACUAUUGGGGUUCUGACUCACCAACAGGUGCGAGAACUGACCCGAGAGGCUGCAGAAUGCAAUUUAGAGUUUGCUGGAUUUGUCAUCAUUUCCUGCCCACUGAAGACUGACUCUCAUGCGGUUAUCAAAGAAAUUCAACAGUCAUCUCAUCAUGUGGUUAUGAUUACUGGGGACAACCCAUUAACAGCUUGCCACGUCGCUCAAGAGUUGAGAAUCACUCAAAGUGAACACACACUCGUACUACAACCUCCCAACGUUCACUCUGAUGUAUGGCACUGGCAGUCGAUUGAUGAUACUUUGAUUUUUAAUUUAGGAAUGGAAAACUUGCGGAAACUGAUAAAGGAGUAUGAUUUGUGUAUUACUGGUCAGAGUAUAUCUCAUCUCCAAACUUUAGAUCCUAUUCUCAUGAAAACCCUACUUCCUAAUGUGAAAGUUUUUGCUCGGGUUGCACCGAAACAGAAGGAAUUUGUAAUUACACUAUUCAAAGAUGUUGGUUUUAUUACACUCAUGUGUGGAGAUGGAACAAAUGAUGUUGGAGCUUUGAAACAUGCAGAUGUUGGUGUGGCACUUGUCGCAAAUGGCCCUGAAAGAUUUCCAGAAAAAUUAGACAAAAAAAGAAGUAAAAAAUCUGAGAACAUUAAUACAGAUGGUACUUCUACUGACCGAGUACAGGUACCACAGACGAGAGGGAAGUGUACAAGUAGAAUUGCCAAACAGAGAGCAAUUAAUCGGGGAGAAAAUCUUGCAUACCCUGAGAAAAAAAUAGCAAACAUCUUGAAACAAAUGGAAGAAGAAGAAAAAGCUCAGGUUGUUCGAUUAGGGGAUGCGAGUAUUGCAGCUCCAUUUAGCUCCAAAGUGUCUUCUGCUAUGUCUGUUUGCCAUAUCAUCAAACAAGGGCGUUGCACUUUGGUUACAACAUUGCAGAUGUUCAAGAUUUUAGCCCUUAGUGCUUUGAUAUUGGCCUACAGCCAGAGUGUGCUAUACCUGGAUGGUGUGAAAUUCAGUGACAGUCAACAAACAAUACAAGGACUAUUAUUAGCUGGUUGUUUUCUCUUUAAUUCCAGGUCGAAGCCUUUACGUACAUUAUCAAAAGAACGGCCUUUACCUAAUAUAUUCAAUAUUUACACCAUCUUAACGGUGCUGGGACAGUUUGUAGUCCAUUUUACAAGUUUGGUAUACUUGGUUAGAGACGCCAGAGUUCGCUCAGGAUACGAUGAGUAUCGGAAAGUUGACCUUGAAGCUAAAUUUGAACCCAAUUUGCUCAACACCACAGUUUAUAUUAUUUCUGUGACACUUCAAGUUUCUACAUUCUUUGUAAAUUACACUGGCGAACCAUUUAUGGAAGGCUUAAAAGACAACAAACCCCUAUUGUAUAGUUUAUUAAUAUCUGGCUCUACAGUGUUGCUAUUAGCUUCUGGAAUCUUCCCACAGAUGCUGGAUAUGUUUCAACUUGUAGAACUUCCAAGUGAUGUAAGUAUUGCCUGCAAGACAUUGCGGUUUCUUCUUUCUAUAUUCUUGAAAAAUAAAAAUUUCUGUGUCAUAUGAACACCAACUUCUCCA